GAUCUGUGACGUGGAUAACGGAGUAUCGCGAGAUAACACGGGAUGAAUAUGGCCGCGGUUAAGCUACAGAAGAGUGUCGUGAGUCAGGCAGGAAAACACACAGCUUCUGUCAUCUUUCUUCAUGGCUCAGGCGACACAGGGCCAGGUCUGCGCAGGUGGGUUUAUGAUGUGUUGGGACAAAACCUGGCAUUUGAAAACAUCCGGGUGAUUUAUCCCACAGCACCAGCCAGGCCAUACACACCCAUGCGAGGGGCACAGUCUCAUGUGUGGUUCGAUCGUCAGAAGAUUUCCCAGGAUUGCCCUGAACAUUUGGAGUCUAUAGAUUCCAUGUGUGAAAAUUUAAGUUCCAUUGUCCAGGAGGAGAUCCGAGCAGGGAUCCCAAAACACCGGAUGGUUAUUGGUGGCUUCUCGAUGGGUGGUGCCAUGGCAUUACACCUGGUUUGCAGGUACCACCAGGAUGUUGCCGGCAUCUUCGCUCUGUCCAGCUUUCUUAACAAAGACUCGGUUGUAUAUCAGGCAGUAGAAGAUGCAUCCCAGCGCCCUCUACCUGAGCUCCUUCAGUGUCAUGGCACAGCGGAUGAGCUGGUUUUCCAUAGCUGGGGCGAGGAGACCAACUCACUGUUGAAGAAGGCUGGCCUCAACACGUCUUUCCAUUCCAUCCCAGACCUCAACCAUCAGUUGUGUCGACAAGAACUGGAGUUACUACGCUCCUGGAUCCUGAAGAAACUUUCCCUUUAGAACAUCCACAAUGCUGGACAAUGACCACUGCUUCCCUAUAUACAAUACAAUAUAUACAAUAGAAUAAUCACCAUUUUUUCUCCCUCAUGUCGUCAUAAGAUGUAAUGUAUAUAUAUAUGGGCGGGGUGGUUUUGAAAAAAUAAAAAUGUUUCCAUAGGCGAAGGUUGACCCAACUCUGGGUUAAGGCUAUAGUAAUAUUAGUAAUAUUAGUAAUCUAAUGUUAAUGUAAUCUGUUAACAACGCACAUCAUAAACCCAUCUUUUUAGGUAAGUGCCAGAUAAUUGGUGUCAUGUUAUAAAAUAUUUUUUAAAUGAACAAAUUUGUAUUUAAUGUGGUCACAAUUGAAUAAAAACAUUGUAAGUUA